CGGCGCGCAAAGCAACUGCUGCAGGGCGGUGGCAGCUCCGUCCCGGUCCCGGUCCACGCACUGAGACUUCUAUAUCUACAAUCAUAACUGUGACUGAAGCAGAAACUUUCAGCCAGCAAGUAUGGCAGGAGACAAUAGCAAUUGCAUAAACUUGUCUUGCAGUGGAAGGUUGCUUUGAUUAAGAAGGCAAAAAUUUGGGAUAUCAGAUCUUGAUCUGAGACACAAAGAAAAAUACCCACUCAUAGAGCAUUCUACCUCUCAAACUAGUCUUGCAGUGGAAUUGCAGUACCAGGCUUCUUUGUGGACUUGCACAAACUUAAAUAGCUGUAGAAAUCAACCCUGUUCUCUUUCAAGACUCCAAGCAAAAGUCUACUCAGCUCUGCUUUUCUUGUUUCAGGAAUAAAUUUGGCCAAGAACUGGAACAAGAUGGCAUCUGUGCUCCAAAAUGUCAAAGCAACAGUGGCCUGGCGGAAACACCAGCUCCUAGCUGACUUCAGUGAGAAUGAGAGCCCCGUGCCUGACAAAUUCAAGAGAAGGGCUUCUCUGAAUUCUCUCAAUACCAUUCGCAUGUCUUUAAGGAAACGGGUACCAUUAAAGCGAGUAGAGCUGAAUUUUCGUAAAACCCCAACUAGGAAAAGUCUGGAACCAAGACAGAGGUGCCAAACUCUUCAAACUAUUAAAAGAACAGCAAAAUCUGCUUUUGGAGCAGUGUCCCAGAAAAUACAGAAGUCUUGCCAAAGCCCAGUACACUCAAUGGUGACCUUUCCAGCUGAAUCCAUCAGCAGAAGCUGUGUGACUAGUUCUACCAAACGAAGAAGUGCUACACCUCAAACACCUUGCUAUAAGAAUGUUACUCCAGCAGCCAGUUCCAAAGGCACUCCAAGGUCCAGCAACAGGGCCUUGCUUGGGCCAACAAGGGUGUCAGAACAUAGAGAAUGGAGGGAUUUCUCAUCUUGGCUUGGUAAGGAUGCUAUCUCUCUCCGGAGAUCCAGAAGAGCAGCAGCACUGAAGAGCCCUUAUUCAUCGCCUGCUCCUUCCAGCAGAAAGAUAGAGUUUGACUGCGAGUUGGAACUGGUCUCCUCAGGGAUUUGCCAAUUGAAGCGUAUCUCCCAAGCAUUCGAUGAUGCCAUUGAGAAAGAGGAGAGGCAACUAGCAAUAUCAGACUACUACUAUCUAAUGGCACAAAAGUCACAGUCUGUACAUCGAUCCCUGAAACCGUCUCAAGCUAUCAGAAGGCAAGCAAAGAAACUCCAUCAAGCUCUUGGUACCAAGACAGAGAUGGGCUGUAACUAUUUCUUCAUGUUUCCAAGUUCAUGAGGACAUAUAACGGAGAGGUCUGUAUAGUACCUGAAAGGCUGCACUCUAAACACCUAAAUGAUCCAUUACACUUUUUAAAAAAUUUUUAAGUAAAGAGAGAAGCAAAAUGGGACCAACCACAGCAUAUUAUCUGCCGCUGAGAUGAGGAAACCAUCUUGAAAGUGAUUUUCAUGAGGUCUAGAAACUGAUGCUGAACUGGCCAGUAAAAUCGUCAAAGCAAGGGCUUGUGACAGACUUGUGAAGGGUAAUCCUAUGUAAGAGUAGUGUUUAAACUGGUAUCCAGCGGCCAUGAGAUUUAGCACAACUAUUUUCCAUGUGAAAAAGAUUGGUCUAUUAUUUUGAAAGUCUAUCUUUCUUUUGUUGUUAUUAGCAAACUAACCCUAUUUAGCUGGAAGUUAAUAAAACAGUAGUGGCUUCUUUGAGUUCUAAGCAAAACUGCCAUUCCAAAGCAACAGGCUUCUGUGGAGUCACUCAUGCCACAAGAACAGAGCCAUAUUAGGACUCUUACUUCAUGGCCUUAAGGAUUAGCCUAACUAAUCCUAUCUUAGGUAGUUUAGUUCCAGACAAAGCAGAACAAUCUUGUCAUUUCUUACUGCUGCUUUAGAUAGCAUCUUGGCAGCUGAGUUAAACAUUGCUUUUGUGCUACAUCUAUCUUUUAGUUAUACACGGAAAUUUGUUACUAUAAUUAAUGUAACCUCUGGCAACUACUGUUAUUAGCUAAUAUCACAGUGGAAGUAUUAUAUAUAUAAGUAGAUAUAUAAGUAUUUUUUAAUAUAACACUUAUAUAUAUGUGUGUGUGUGUAUAUAUAUAUGCAUACUUAGCAUUUGAUACCUAUAUCUUGUUCCUAAUUACUUAAAAAAUUUACAUUCAUUUGACAAGCCCUUUUUGCUAUGUCAUUCAGUAUAACAAAGUUUAGUAUAACAAACUAAAGCAAAGAUUUCCCAAGAUUUUAGAAUUCAACAGCAGGGCUGUUUUCCAUGGUAAGCUUUGUGCAGGCUUCUCCAAUUAUGUACACUCUAAAAUGAAUCUUCAAACGAAAGACUGAUUUGGGAAACUCUGCUCUGCUUGAUAACUUUUAAGAUGUGCAUGUGACCUAGUAGUUCCAGUGUUACUAAAAUUCUAAUGGUAUCAGGUAUAACUAUAAAAAGCAUUCAAUUAUGAUUUAUGUAUAAGUAUUGAUUUUAAACUUGCUCACAAUUUUUCUUUUCUUGUGAACCAAAACCAUUUUAAGAUACUGGAACAGUUAAUGAGGCCUGGAAACAUGAAAGCAACCCUUCCAGCCUGAAGACUUCUAGACUUUCAGAUGACUUGAGAAUUUUAGCUUAUGUUAUUUCUUGAUGGAGUGUUUGUGUGUGUUCUGUGGGCUGUUUGUUUUUUUAACAACUUUUCUAUAUGGAAGUAUAGAAAAGUAUAGUAUCUCUAAGAUAUUCUUUGCACGUCCUGAAACUACUUCUAUAAAGCUUUCACAGAGAUACUGUCUUAUUAGUGAAAUGCCGCCUUCUAUGACUUUUGAAAAGGAAGGCGGGUUGGACAUUUUGAAAAGCUGACCUCCAAGCUAAGUAUUAUUUCAGACAGAUCAAACAGCUUCUAUCUAUAAUGUUUCCACCAGCUACUCGGACAUGUACAAUCAUGAUCCAGUAUUUACCAAAUUACUGGUAAAAAAAAUCAAUGACACUGUUUGUUUAAAGGCAA